CAGCUGCACAAAAAUAAAGCACCCCGAAUAAUGUGCAGAGUUCAUGGGAAGAAAUCGCUCUUCGUUUUAAGAGUAUAUUUAAACACAGCUAUCCCUAUCAGAAGGUAAAGGUGAUGGCUCUAGUUAAAAAGAUCGCUAAAGACCUGCUUGGCAGCAGCUGCCAAUUACAAUAAAAUGUUAAUAAAAUUUAAAUAACCAAGGAAGAUUGUGAAUAAAGCAAUUUGGCAAAAGCCACGGCAGCAAUCUUAUGGGUGCCCUUCUUUGGCCAACUUCAGGCCGAUAUCGUAUCCAGAGCCACCUGUGGCGGGAGCAGAUUCAAAAGUGCAGUUUUAACGCGAAUCUUCCUUCGGAAACAAUGUUCCAUGUUUUAAUCACGAUCCACUCUUUCCCCGAAACAAAUGGUUCCAUACUUUCUGUUCCUCGCAUCUGGCGGAUUAAGUAAUGUAGCCCGGAAGAGAUUCCAUCCUCUUCCGGGUCAGCGCAGCCAUUGGAGGCGCUUUCGGCCUUCAAGGAGGCCCAGCUUCACGUCGCUUCGGUUCCUUCCGGGAUCUCUAUUUACAGACGGUUAGUAACGGUCACGGGCGUCCGUGCGCACCCUCCGUCCGUUUUUCGACAUUAUCCCGCGGGCUCGCCUCCUGGCAGGAAGCCAGUUCCAAAUGCCCCACAAUGGAUGAAGACAGCCAGGAUGAACUCAUAAACAAGAAUGCUGCAGUAGGCAAAGUUAAAAGAACAAAUGCGCUGCUCUUUAGUGAUGCAGAAAGCAGUGAUGGAAAUAGCGGAGACUCUGAUGACACAGGAAGUGAGGAUGAAGGUGAUACUGAUGAAGAUGGAGAUGAAGAGAAUGAAGAAAGUGAAGAUGAAGAUCUAGAAGAUACUGAAGAGGAGGAGGCAGAAGAUGACAUGGAAAUGACUUCUGAGCAACCAGAAUAUUCUAUUAAAACGAAGCCUGAACUUAAUGGAGAAAUUAAUUCUUCUACCGAUGAAGAUGCUGAAAACUGCCCAAUAUGUCUCAAUACAUUCAGAGAUCAAGCAGUUGGAACACCUGAGAAUUGUGCCCAUUAUUUCUGCUUGGAUUGUAUAGUUGAAUGGUCUAAAAAUGCCAACUCUUGUCCCGUGGAUCGGAUCAUUUUUAAAUCUAUUUGUGUUCGUGUGCGCUUUGAUGGAGAAAUUUUGAAGAAAAUACCUGUUGAGAAUGCAAAAUCUCAGGAAGAUAGUCUGGAGGAAGAUCCCACCUUUUGUGAAGUAUGUGGUCGAAGCGACAGAGAAGAUCGCUUACUGCUUUGUGACGGAUGUGAUGCAGGUUACCAUAUGGAAUGCCUUAAUCCACCUUUAAGCGAGGUACCUGUAGAUGAAUGGUUCUGUCCGCCAUGUGCACCUGCAAAUGCUAUGCCUGCUGAGGCUGAAACAGAUCAGGUGAGCGAAGAGGAAGUUGCUUCACUCAUCGCUGAUGUAAUCCCUACCACUAGUCGACUGCGUCCCAGUGCCCGGACACGAGCUAUUGCUAGAACACGCCAAAGUGAGCGCGUGCGAGCCACCGUGAACCGAAAUAGGAUAACAACUGCGCAGAGAAUUCAGCAUGUACCAAGGUACGUUAUGUCUUCCUUUCUUGACGAAGCAAUUGAGGCAGUUGCAGCGGGUCUGAGUACAGCUGUGUACCAGAGACCAUUAACUCCUCGGACCACAACCAGGAAAAAACGAAAAGGAGGCAGGAGAAGAAAAACCACCAGUAAAAAAUGGCGCACCAAAUCAUCAUCUGCUGGGAAAAAAGGCGCUGGAACGUGGAAUAAGAGACGCAAGCAUCGGACAAAGAGGAGAAAGGGGAAAAAAACCCAGGUGAGGGCUGAGGUGACAGCUCGUUCUCGAAUAGCAAAAACUCUUCAUCUUGGCAAGCCUAUACGUGGUACUUCAAUCCCUUCCAUCUGCAAACCAAUAGAACCGUCACUUGGGUUUAUGAGAGCUGAUAUUGGAGCUGCCUCCCUCUCUGUCUUUGGGGAUCCCUUUGAACUAGAUCCAUACAACAGCAAUGAAGAACUUCCUGUUGCUAACUCAGCUUCACCAAUGAGCACCAAAAGAAGAUGUCUUUCCCAGUCAGCACUUAGAUCACAUCGCCCUGUUGCUAGGCCGGUGGCUGUUGGGCUCCCAGGGAGGGGUGUUCCUGCCUUGAUAUCUGAGCCAGAAGCUGAACCAGCCCCUGUGCCCGACUUGUUGGGGAGCAUCCUGACUGGACAGAGCCUCCUUAUGAUGAGUGGUUCUGAUGUUGUUAUUAAUAGAGAUGGAUCCUUAACAGCAAAGAAAACUGUCCCAUUACUGCGUGGCAGUUCACAAGCAGACGAAGCUUUGGAGGACAAUUCCCAGUCAAGGACACCAAUUUUGGAGACCUUAAUUACAAACUCUGGCACUGAUUCUUUCAACUCUAAAACUCCUGUCUCAAAGCCUUGCUCGUCAUCGCCAUUGUCACUAAGCAUAACAAACAGAACAGUGACUUCGCCACAUGCUACAAUUGGAAGAGCGCCAAUUCGAUUUGAUUACUCCAUGACUCCAAGAUCUGUUCAGACUCAUAAUUUAACCAAUCUGAAUAGAAUCGGGAGCAAACUGGGUGACUCAUUCAAAUUUAAUGGAGGCUCUAAACUACCGUUGGGCCCUCUUUCUGCACCUCCUAAACCAAACAACAACCCCAGUUCCAUUUCAAAAGCAGUUUAUGGCAAACAGCCUUUGAAAUCUUCUCCUAAAAGGCCUGAUAUCUCUGAACUUCCAAGAAUACCAAAGAUUAAGAAGGAAGCAAACAGUGGACACCUGGGACUACAACCUGCCACUGACCAAACUAAUAACAUUCCCAGCUCCUGUAUAACACAGUUGACUGGCAAAGGAAACACAAGCCAGCCAAUCAAAAGCAACAGAAUGGAAACCAGCAAGCCGCAAGCUACUCAGCAACAAACGCAUUCAACUUCUGCAAGUUCUGCUCAUGGCAGUUCCUCGUUUUCUUCAGCAAGAGGGAAAGUUGGAAGUUCCUCCUUUGAGAGCUUUAAAAUCAACAUCCCUGGAAACGUGGCUCAUUCUAACAGACUGUGUAAUCCCGGGUUUUGCAAUACGUUUCGACCGGUGGACAAUAAAGUGCAACAGAAGGAGAAUCCUUCACCCCUUUUCUCAUUGAAAAAAGCGAAACCCGUCAAAAGUGAAAUAUACGAUCCUUUUGAUCCCACAGGCUCUGACUCAAGCUCAACACACAGUAGCCCUGAAAGGCUCCCCCUCACUAAUAUUACCAGAACAAUAUCCAUAGGAAGUUCAAAAGUUCAGACCUUCCAAACCGUGCGCCGCAUUACUCCUUACCCGCUGGAAAAUAUCUUUGAAUCUGAAGUUGAUUCGUUGGAGGCCCCUUCAAGUAACGCAGAAUCUCAUGAUGAUAUGGUAAUAAAGGAGAGAUUUGUAGAACAGGUUUCUGAUGAAGAACAAGAUAAAAUUGAUGAUAAUGAAGACUCAGGUACACCCUGUAGCUCCUCAGCUAUUAAGCAAGUUACUGAUGCAGAGCAGAUAAAUGACGAGGAUAAAGAUAGCCCUGGCGUUGAUUUUGAAGAUGAUUGGGAUACAGUUAGGGUAAAAAAGGAAUUAGUUAGCCCCUCAAUAGGAAAACAGCAGCAAAAUGUUAAAAGUGUGCAAGCAAGAAAACGGUCUUUUUCGAGAUCCCCAUCAAAUUCCAGUUCUCAGGGUCAAAGAGAAGUUAAAAUUAAAAAGAUAGACAUCAAAGAAGACAAACGUAGUAAAUCAAGAUCUAGAUCAAGGACACAUUCAAGGGAAAGAAGUUCCAGAUCAGUGUCCCACUCCGUUGAAAAGAAAUAUAGCAAAAGCCAUGGAGUUAAAGCAAAAACCCGUCGGUCAUCUAGUGAUUGUUCCAGUAGCCACGAGCGAUCGAAAAAAAAGAAAGCAAAAACUAAAACUAAAGACAAAAAACCAAGUGGCUGGCCCAAAGAGCAUAAGAGAUCUCGGUCGCAAUCUGGUAGUCCUGGCAAUUCUUCUUUUGAAAUAUAUGGCACCAAGAAAAAGAAAAAGCAUUCUAGAGCAAGAGAUCCAGAAUGUUCCCAAUCAAAUAGUGCUGAGAGAGCUAAAAAAAAGAAACACAAAAGAGAGAGGAGCUAUGAUAGGUAUGAGAAGGAGAGGACCUCAAGCUCAAGAGAUACAAAAGGAUCUAGAUCUCGGGAGAAACAUAAAAGGCGUUCAAGAUCACCUCCCGAAUUAAAACCCCAUGAAUCAAAAGGAUCUAAAGCUAAGGAAAAGCCAGUACAGUCUCAAUCCUGCUCCAAAGAAAAGAAACACAAACCAAAAAAGGUGUCUCUACAACCUCUUCAAGAAAAAGAGCUCAGAUCUUUGGAUGACCAAAUCAAAAAUUCUGAGCAUUCUCUUUCUUGGGAACAGGAGUUGGACAACACAGAGCAAGAAGCAACAAAUAUUUAUUGUGAUCUAACACCCGUACAAGAGAUUUCUUCAAAAGAUAACAUAAUUAAAGUUGUAUUUGAUGAGACUACUAGAGUGGGUGAUGAUAAGUUAGAUAAUGAGGUACUUCCUUCCCAACUGGAUUUCACAGAUUUUGAAGUGUUACCUGAUAAUAUAGAUUCCUCCACUGAACUGACAAUAGACUAUGAUUCAUCAAUAUUUGAUAACCAAAGCAGUGAGAAACAGGAGGAAAUUGAAAUUAAAGAAGAUGAUGAUGAUGUAUGUCCUUUCUUAAUAGAUUCUCUUCCCGAAAAGGCGGCAUAUACACCAAGCUGUGAUGAAGCAAGUCUAUCUCAUACUUUGCCUGAAAGCAAAAUGCCAGUUCUGUCAAAAGAUACAGAGCCUGUAUUAGUUGAAAGUACAGUUGAUAAAAAUAAGACUGAACUGGAAGCAGUAGUUCAGAGUCCUGUGUUGAAAUCUAAAUCAUUAGUGAAAAGAGUUACGUGGAAUCUUCAAGAAGAAGAAAGUGAUACGGUGGCCGUAGAUAAAACAGCAAGGACGCCAUUCUGUAAACAGCAGAAACCGAAAGAAGGGGUCUGGAAAGCUGAGGAUUUGACCCAGUCGUUAAAUCAGGUUUACAAUCAGAACCUGGCGUUGACCGUACCACUUCCUUCAGCUCUCCCCCCUUAUGCACCGGUCAGUCAGCCCACUGUUCAGUUCAUUGUACAAGGGAAUCUUCCUCUGCUCACCUGCAUGGCAGAGCAGGAGUUAAUUCCAGAAUCUGGGGGCAAUUUGACCACAGCUUCAGAACCAAGUAUUCAGGAGGCUUCCACAGGAGAUGCAGAAGAAAAAGUCAAAGCAUCUAAGUCUCCAGUGGAUAAAACAAAAAAUGAAGAGUACAUGAAGAAGCUUCACAUGCAAGAGAGGGCGGUGGAAGAAGUGAAACUUGCAAUUAAACCCUUUUACCAGAAGAGGGAGAUCACAAAGGAGGAAUACAAGGAUAUUCUUCGGAAAGCUGUGCAAAAGAUCUGUCACAGCAAAAGCGGUGAAAUCAAUCCCAUGAAGGUGGCUAAUCUUGUGAAGGCAUACGUGGAGAAAUACAAACACAUCAGGAAACACAAAAAAGACUGAUACUGAAGAAGAGCCUCAUGACUCAACCAGGAAAUGAGAAACAACCGUGGGAGAAGUAGAAAAGCUUCUCCGGAUGACAAUGUUUUCCUUCCCUUCGAGGGAGGCAGAAAUACACCAUUGCAUGUUGCAAUCCCUUCUCACCCUCCCCACCCACCCCACCCUGGAAACUGGAUGCAGAAGACCUUCCUGCAGCUGGACACAUUUUCACAUAGGAGCCUGUUCUUCUUGGGGGUUGAUUGCUGAUGAGGACCCCCUGGGCUCCUUAACCUUUGAGGAAACGCUGGGGAAAGGAUGCGUGUGUGCGUGCGUGGGGAUGGCCUAAUUGUUUGUCAUGGUUUUGGGUUAUUUUUUAAAUUUCUGCACCACUCACCAGAAUUUAAAACAGACACUUUUAUAUCCGACAUACAACAGCGUGUGCUCCUCCCAUUGUCGUUCUUAUUUAUGAAAAAUGCAGGUUCUUUUGUGAUUCUCACAAAUUGGUUUCAUACUUGAACUGAUGUAUUUUUUGCCUGUCCUGUGAAAGAAAUAUUGAACUUGUUCAGUCAAAUGGGACACGCAAACGUAUGUUAACCUUUAUAAAUUUCCCCCCGAAAAUCCUGCUAUGGAGAUGGUGAUUGUUUACAUCCUGUUAGCAAUGUCGCGAUGAGGAACUUUAUUUGGGGUCUCUGGGACAGCGUGGCCGUGAACUGAAUUGUGUCAUGCUUCCUGUGAAUAAUGUACUGAAGGCUGGUUUUAAGUCCAUCUUGCAUUCAACAAGCUGUCUUUGAACAAGAGAAGACCAGAGUUUGGAAAGCAAACACAAGGAAUGUAACCAGACCAUGUAUACAGCAGAAAUCUUACAAUUUAUAAAAUUAUUUUGAAUUGUUUCUUA